AUGUACUUGGGGAUUACACCAAGUGUGACAUGCAACAACUUAAGCAGGACUGAAUUUUCCCUGAUCCUAGACAAGAACCCGCUGGUGGAGUCUGUGGAGGAGCUCCCCACUGGGCCAUCCUUUCUGUGCUACUGCAGUUUACUCUGUGGGAUUAUCAGAGGUGCCAUGGAAAUGGUUCCUUUGGCUGCUGAUGUUACAUUCUUGCAAGACACUAAAGGCGACCAUGUGACCGAAAUAGGAGUAACAUUUCUGGAAAAGCUAGAUGAGAAAAAAUACAGACAGAAAAAAUGA